GACUUUACGCUCUGCUGACCUAGAGGUCUUAGUUCCAGAGGGAGGAAUGCUGCCACCAGGAGACACAACAGUGAUUCCAUUAAACUAGAAUUUACGACUGCCACCUGGCCACAUUGAGCUCCACAUGCCUCUGAAUCAACAGGCAAGGAGAGAGUUAUGGCAUUGGCUGGGGAGACCGAUCUGGACUAUCAAGGAGAAGCUAGACUACUACUACUCCACCAGGCAGGUCAUACUGAACAUUCCAGAUACCUAUCAUUACUCGAUGCUGUUGAUAAAAGCAAGAUGGCUUUGAACUCAGGGUCACCGCCAGGUGUUGGACCUUACUACGAAAACCAUGGAUACCAACCGGAAAACCCCUAUCCUGCACAGCCCACCGUGGCCCCCAAUGUCUACGAGGUGCAUCCGGCUCAGUACUACCCGUCCCCCGUACCCCAGUACACCCCGAGGGUCCUGACGCAUGCUUCCAACCCCGCCGUCUGCAGGCAGCCCAAAUCCCCGUCGGGGACAGUGUGCACCUCAAAGACUAAGAAAGCACUGUGCGUCACCAUGACCCUGGGGGCUGUCCUCGUGGGAGCUGCGCUGGCCGCUGGCCUGCUCUGGAAGUUCAUGGGCAGCAAGUGCUCCGACUCUGGGAUAGAGUGCGACUCCUCAGGUACCUGCAUCAGCUCCUCUAACUGGUGCGAUGGCGUGUCACACUGCCCGAACGGGGAGGACGAGAACCGGUGUGUUCGCCUCUAUGGACCAAACUUCAUUCUUCAGGUGUACUCAUCUCAGAGGAAGUCCUGGCACCCUGUAUGCCGAGACGACUGGAACGAGAACUACGCGCGGGCAGCCUGCAGGGACAUGGGCUAUAAGAAUAGUUUUUACUCUAGCCAAGGAAUAGUGGAUAACAGUGGAGCCACCAGCUUUAUGAAACUGAACACAAGUGCUGGCAACGUCGAUAUCUAUAAAAAACUGUACCACAGUGACGCCUGUUCUUCAAAAGCAGUGGUUUCUUUACGCUGUAUAGCUUGUGGGGUCCGCUCAAACUUAAGCCGCCAGAGCAGGAUCGUGGGCGGCCAGAACGCGCUCCUAGGGGCCUGGCCCUGGCAGGUCAGUCUGCACGUCCAGAACAUCCAUGUGUGCGGAGGCUCCAUCAUCACCCCCGAGUGGAUCGUGACAGCUGCUCACUGCGUGGAAAAACCUCUUAACAGUCCGUGGCAAUGGACGGCAUUUGUGGGGACUUUGAGACAAUCUUCCAUGUUCUAUGAAAAAGGACACCGAGUAGAAAAAGUGAUUUCUCAUCCAAAUUAUGACUCCAAGACCAAGAACAAUGACAUUGCGCUGAUGAAGCUGCAUACGCCUCUGACUUUCAACGAGGUGGUGAAACCAGUAUGUCUGCCCAACCCAGGCAUGAUGCUGGAGCCGGAACAGCACUGCUGGAUUUCUGGGUGGGGGGCCACCCAGGAGAAAGGGAAGACCUCAGACGUGCUGAACGCUGCCAUGGUGCCUCUCAUUGAGCCGCGGAGAUGCAACAACAAAUACGUCUACGACGGCCUGAUCACACCAGCCAUGAUCUGUGCCGGCUUCCUGCAGGGGACCGUUGAUUCUUGCCAGGGUGACAGUGGAGGGCCUCUGGUCACUUUGAAGAACGAUGUCUGGUGGCUGAUCGGGGAUACAAGCUGGGGAUCUGGCUGUGCCCAAGCUAACAGACCAGGAGUGUACGGAAAUGUGACCGUCUUCACGGACUGGAUUUAUCGACAAAUGAGGGCAGAUGACUAAUCCUCAUGGUCUUUGUCCUUGACGUCGUUCUACGAGAAAACAAAGCGGCUGGUUUUGCUUCCCCGUGCGUGAUUUACUCUUACAGAUGAUUCAGAGGUCACUUCAUUUUUAUUAAACAGUGAACUUGCCUGGCUUUGGCACUCUCUGCCAUUCUGUGUAGUCUGCAGUGGCUCCACUGCCCAGCCUGUUCUCCUUAACCCCUUGUCCACAAGGGGUGAUGGCCGGCUGGUUGUGGACACUGGUGGUCAAGUGUGAAGGAGAGGGGUGGAGGCUGCCCCAUUGAGAUCUUCCUUUUGAGUCCUUUCCAGGGGCCACUUUCGGAUGAGCACGGAGCUGCUGCCUCUCCGCUGCUGGACGACUUCAGAUGGAAAAGGAGAGACGUGGAAAGGGAGACAGCCAGGUGGCACCUGCAGUGGCUGCCCUCUGGGGCCACUUGGGUAGUGUCCCCAGCCUAGUUCUCCACAGGGGGUUUUGGAUGAUUGGUUCUUAGUGCCUUAGCAGCCCCGGAUGGUGGCUGGAAAUAAAGGGACCAGCCCUUCAUGGGUGGUGACGUGGUAGUCACUUGUAAGGGCAACAGAAACAUUUUUGUUUUUACAGGGUGAGAAUGUAGACAGUGCCCUUGGUGCAAGGGAAGCAAUUGCACAGGCACUUGCCCUGAGCACUCCUGGUGCAGGUCUCCACCUGCACAUUGGGUGGGGCUCCCUGGAGAUUGCACAUGCCCCUUGGUCCUGGCAGGGGGCCAAGUCUGGCACCACAUUGGCCUCUUCAGGCCUACUAGUCACUGGAAAUUGAGGUCCAUGGGGGAAAUCAAGGAUGCUCAGUUUUAGGUACACUGUUUCCAAGUUAUGUUUCUACACAUUGCUACCUCAAUGCUCCUGGAAUCUUAGCAUUUGAUGUCUCCAAGUAGUCCACCUACAUUUAACUCUGAAACUAUCAUCUUUUUGCCAAGUUUGAGUGGUGGCCUAUUUGAGAUACUUUGACAAAAUGAUUGGCUUCUGACUUUAUGUUCUAUAAAUGAAUGUGCUGAAGGAAAGUGCCCAUGGUGGCGGUGAAGAAGAGAAAGAUGUGUUUUGUUUUGGACUCUCUGUGGUUCCUUCCAAUGCCGUGGGUUUCCAACCAGGGGAAGGGUCCCUCUUGUAUUACCAAGUGCCAUAACCAUGAGCACUACUCUAGCAUGGUUCUGCCUCUUGGCCAAGCAGGCUGGUUUGCAAGAAUGAAAUGAAUGAUUCUACUGCUAGGACUUAACCUUGAAAUGGAAGGUCAUGCAAUCCCAUUUGCAGGAUCUGUCUGUGCACGUGCCUCUGUAGAGAGCAGCAUUCCCAGGCACCUUGGAAACAGGUGGCACUAUAAGGUGCCUGCUCCCCAAGACACAUCCUAAAAGGUAUUAUAAUGGUGAAAACGUCUUCCUUCUUUAUUGCCCCUUUUUAUUUAUGUGAGCAACCAUUUGUCUUUUUUGUAUCUUUUUUAAACUGUAAAGUUCAAUUGUGAAAAUGAAUAUCAUGCAAAUAAAUUAUGCAAUUUUUUUUUCAAAGUAAUUACUGCAUCUUUGAAGUUCUGCCUGGUGAGUAGGACAAGCCUCCAUUUCCUUGUAAGGGGGUGAUGUUGAGGCUGCUGGUCAGAGGACCAAGGUGAGGCAAGGUCAGUCUUGGCGCUCCUCUGGUUGGUGCCCUCAGUUCCUGAAGCCUGUCCUGUUGGAGAGGUCCCUCAAAUGACUCAUUAUUAUUCUGUUAGUCUGUUGCCAUGCUCCUAAUAAAGACAUACCCAAGACCA